AUUAGGGAAACGAAAAUAAAAGUAGGGAUCAGUACUAGAACUCGUAACAACAGAUGCGCUCUCGAUGAAGAAGCGAAAUAUGAAGGAGGAAGAAAUUGAAGAGGAUUACUGUUUCGUCUGUAAGGAUGGAGGAUUGCUCAUCGUCUGUGACCACAAGCAAUGUUGUAAAGCUUAUCAUCCUGAAUGCGUGGGAAAGGAUGCAACAUUCUUGGAGACUGAAGAACUCUGGACAUGCAGUUGGCAUAUCUGCUUCAUUUGCAAUAAAAAAUCUCAGUUUUAUUGCUUUUGCUGCCCAAUUGCUGUUUGCCAACCCUGCAUCAAAGCCGCUGAAUUUGCGAUAGUUAGAGGGAACAAAGGCUUCUGCAAUGACUGCUUGAAGCUUGCUCUACUCAUAGAACAAAAUGAGGAUGUUGACUCUGAUGGGGGCAAGGUUGAUUUCAAAGACAGAGAAACUUAUGAGUGCCUCUUUAAGGAGUAUUGGGAGAGGGUUAAUGAAAAAGAAUGCUUAAAAUUGGAAACUCUCCAUAUGGCUGACACUCAAUUGAAGAAGGGUAAGCAAUAUCUAAGUGGUAGCUACAUGAAAGGUGAAGAAGAUUGUCUUGUAUUAAGCUCUGAUAGUGAGCAUGUGGAAGGCAAAAUUGUUGAUGGCGAAUUCCAAUGCCAUGAGGAACCCAAUGGGUGGCAAUGUACAACGAAGAAGAGGAAAAGAGAGUUCGAGUCAAAGAAAAAGGAGUUAAUUGGAUGGGGAUCAAGUUCACUUAUACAAUUUCUUGCUUCCAUUGGCAUUGAUACUAGUAAACAGCUUUCUCAGCUUGAAGUGAAUUCAAUCAUCACAGCAUACAUCAACAAAAACCACCUCAUGCAUCCCGUAAGGAAGGAGAAGGUUCUGUGUGAUUUAAGGCUACAUUCUAUUUUUGGAAGGAGAUCCAUUAACCGAAAUCAAAUUUUUGGCCUCCUACAACCACACUUUUCUAAGAACCAAGAACAGCCAGAGGAAGAUAAAUUCAGAUGCAGUUCGGAAUACAAUGGAGAGGAUGGCUCAAGUCCAUGUAAAAGACAGAUGAUGUCAAGCUCAGGCAGAAGAACUCAUAAGAAGAAAAAGGUUUUGGAAGUUCCACAGAGCUGUUUUGCAUCUAUAACUCCUAGAAACAUUAAGUUGGUUUAUUUGAAAAGGAGUUUGGUUGAGUAUCUUUUGAAGACUCCUGAGACAUUUGAAGAGAAAGUUGUGGGUAGUUUUGUAAGGAUCAAAUGUGAGCACGGUGACUGCUUACAGAAAAAUUCACACCGGCUUCUUCAAGUUACAGGCAUAAAGAAGGCCUUGGGAACAAGUGACAUCAGGGCAGAGAUUGUUCUUCAAGUUUCUGAUAUGAAGAAAGAAAUUUAUUUCCAAAUAUUGUCUGAUGAUGACUUCACUGAGGGAGAAUGUGAUGAUUUGCAUCAGAAAGUGAGAGAUGGUUUGAUAAAAAAGCCUACUGUGGUGGAGCUUGAGCAGAAAGCCCGGAUUCUACACGAGGAUAUAACAAAUCAUUGGAUUGAGAAAGAGCUUGUGCUGUUACAAAACCUCAUUGAUCGAGCAAACGAGAAGGGAUGGCGCAGAGACCUCAGUGAAUACCUAGAAAGAAGGCAGGUACUUCUGACACCAUCAGAACAGUUGCGUCUGUUACAAGAAAUCCCUGUAAUAAUUGCAGAAGAAGUUGAGUUUGAAGCAUCUCCCAAGGAUUCUUUAUUAGUUGGAAAAGAAAGAAAAGAUGGCUUACCAAGAUCAAUCCUUAUACUGGAUCUAGAAAAUCUUAACGAUGAUUUAGCUGGUGAUAUAAACACGUCAACUCAGACGGUUGGGGGAAUUUAUUUUGGAGGAGAUGGAUCUGUGUAUAAUCAGAAGCAUGAAAAGAGAGUUGUUGAAGUUUGGCAUCAAGAGGAAGGCAAAGAAAAGGGGAAAACAGUGACUUUGGGUUUUGGAAGAGAAUCAAAGAGCUCCAUUUGUAGAUUCACCCAAGACCCUAAAGUGAGGAGUACAGAUAUUGGCAGUGGAGAUGUUCCUUCACCAAAACAUUCUUCUUCUUCAUCUUUGGAUGAGGACAUGGGUUUGUCAAAGAUAGAGCAUCCUUUCAAGCAGAGAUCCUUCUCACGUUUGGAGUCUCCGGAGGCAGAGGAGGUCCAUCUUGAUGUGAUGCCCAAGGACUCUCAGUUGUGCCAUGGGACCAUCUUAACAGGGGUUCGUACACAACUCUCCAACCAAGCACGCCAUGGAGAGAGUCCUGUUCAGUUUAGGAAGCGUGGGUCAUUUGCUGAGGUCAAGGAGUGGUGGGGUCAGCUCCCUUCCAAGGUCCGCCUGAAGAUUACACAGGCUGGAUUUGACCAAUUUCUUAGCUUAGAAGUGCGUAAAUUUGAUGGAUACCUCAUUCAGGCUCUGGCAGAGAGGUGGCGGCCCUUUACUCACACUUUCCACCUUCCAGUUGGAGAGGCCACUGUCACGCCUCUUUGUUUGUCAAUGCUUACAGGUCUAAAGUUCGGUGGAGAGCCUGUCAUUGAAAGGAAUGGGUUCUGGGGAAGAGAGGGAACCAAUGUUAGUAAAUUGCUUGGCAGCAAUCCCCUGCAUGAUGGUGGAAAAGUUCCAGUUGUAUGGUUUCGUAGGCACUACAGUCAUAUUGGGAGAUCAGAUGAUUCACCAGAUGAGGAGCUGGAUUGUUUGACACGCGCCUUCAUGAUGUUCCUAUUUGGGAACACCUUCUUUAGCAAUAACAAUGGUCAUGUUUCUCUAGAUUUGCUUGCCUAUUUGACUGACAUAUCCUCUAUUGGGAAGUAUGACUGGGGUGGUGCAGUGCUGACACAUUUAUAUCAGAACAUGGAUGCAUUGGCCACCAGACACUGCCAUUCCUUCUUGGGUGCCAGCUUUGUCUGGGAGGCAUGGUUCUAUGAGUUGUUUGGUAUAUGUGCUCCUCCUCUUCACAAUGAUGAAGCACUCAUCUUUCCCGUUGCUUCUCGGUGGGGGAAUUGCUAUUCUGGCAUGAAGAAGAUGAUUCGUUCUGUUGAGGUUAUCGACCAGCUCAUCAAUGAGCUCACUCCUCAACAGGUCAAGUGGCAACCUUGGAGCCGAUACCCCGAGCAUAGCCUGGAGAUAUUUUCUCGGGCCAGAAACAUGACAUGCAGGAGAUGCAUCUUUUCAGGUCCAAAAGGUCUGGUUUGGUACUUGGGAGAGAGGGUCUUCCACCAGCACCUUGGUUCCACGAGCUUUGUGGUUCCAAGGGACCCUCCUUCCUUUGUGAGGAAACCAAAAAAGAUGCUGGCUGCAGACCUUGCUGCUGCCAGAGAGGGGCUUAGUAUAGACAGUUUCCUUGACCCAGAAUCAGAUUAUACUGAGUAUAUCAAGACUAAGUUGAUGUGCAAGCAAUUGAGAAUAUCGCCCAAAAUGGAUGCUCAACCAUCAUCUGCCACCACUUCCUCAGCUAGCAUGGAGAUGAAAAAUCAUGUAUCUUCUCAGCCUAAAAUGGAAAGUGGAGUUCCUCUGACGUCCCCUCCUGGCAGUGAUGUCUUCAUUCCGGGAUAUCCAGGUUGGACUGUGCCCAUCUAUGAGACUGGUUCUGAGGUUGUGAUCCCAAGGCCACCAUCAGUACCUGGGAUCCCUUUGCCUAAAGAUAUUGAGUGGUUUCCUCGUUAUAGAGUGGAGGAUUUGAUGUGCAUGGUAGCAGGCUUGAAGGACAUGGUGCGCAGCUACUCUCACGAUGUACUUGUGAUGAGGAACACCAUUGACAAGUUGAGGACCUCCCAAGGCAGCAAUCUAGGAGGGGAUGCUGAAGAGGCAGCCAGUUGAAUUGAAGAGGACGAGGGUGCCGGCAAUAAUGGUGAUGGAGACAAUGACGGGCAAGUAAUGUCUACUUCUAUGAUGCUGUGACGUUAUUUGGUUUGAGCUUUGAACACACUGUACAGAAUGGUUUAUUUUCAAUGAAAGUUCACUUUUGGAAGGGGAAAAAAUAUUCAUUGUAAUUGAUUAUUUAUGGGAGUUACAAAACAUAAUACUUUGUAUCCAUCAUGAGUGACCAUAUUGAUUUGGAUGAA